UUCAAGAUUUAACUAAUCAGUUAUUAUUACUUGAGAUUUCCUAAACUUAAUAAUAAUUUCCCGUUGUCCCUGCUCCGAUUUAUUUAAUCAUCAUGUCCAGAUCUGUGAUGGUGACGGACCCAAUCCGCAGAAUAAACAACAUAUAACUGCCAGUCCUCCACUAGAAAAUGAAAAAGAGUCAAUCGGCGAAAUCCUUCGGAGACACCCAGAAGCCACCUGAGCUCGAAGGGACUAAAGCAGCAGAUGUCACGAAGAAGAUCACAAGGAUCUUGGAGCUCAUAAAGAACGAAGGCCAGAGUAGAAAACGUGGAGGCAAGAGCUGGAAACGAGAGUCCGAACUAGUUACGCUCGUCCAGGACUUGCAUAAACAGUAUCAAUCACUUUACGUGCUGUACGAGCAACUCAAACAAGAACAAGGAAGAAGUGACCAUGGAGGAAGCAGAAAGACUCAUCCUCCCUCUCCAUCUGGCUCCGAUGUUUCCGAGUAUUUCUCGUCUGAUGAAAUCGAGGGAAUCAGUGGAUUGAAUAGCGAUAUUGUUAAUGAGGAAGGGAUUAACCUAAAAGAUCUUUUGGAUUUGGCUACAAAAGAGAGGGAAACUCUGAGUGCUCAAUACACGGAAGCUUUGAGAAAGAUUGAGGAAGCAGAGUCUCUAAUGAAAGAUCUGAGAAGUGAGGCUGACGAGAGGAAAAGGGAAGUCUCUAUUCUUUCGGAGAAGAAUCGGCAUUUGGAGGCUGAAGCAUCGGCGAGGACAAUGGUGUUGGAAGAUGAAUUAAUGGGUGUGAAAUCUGAACUCAAGUCGUUGCAGCAGAACAGGAGACGCCUAAACGGGCAGCUUGAGAGCCGUGCAACUAAAGCCAAAGAGCUGAGUGAAGAGAACAAAGGGCUGCGAGCUCGUAUUUCCGAGCUUGAUUUGAUGCUAAAGAAUAAAGGGGAGGAAUUCUCAGACCUCCUAAAAAAUCUCCAGGACACCGAGAACAACAGGUCGUGUAAAGUGGCACAGUUGACUGCUCAAGUCCAUGAACUUCAACAGGAAGUGGAGUCCAUGCGAGAUCAGAAAUGCAAACUGGAAGAAAAGAUGCAAUCUCUAAGAAAUGAAAAUGCAUUUCGGGAGAAGGAAUUCGAUGAAAAGAUGGAAUCUCUCAGAAAUGAACUAGUGGCUCGAGAAAAGGAACUUGAUGAAAAGAUAGAAGUUCCUGGAAAGGAACGGGCGGCUCUACAGGAGGAACUCGAUGAUCUGCGGAAAGAAAUUCAGUCCUUAGUUUCCGAACUCGAAGGUAAAAAGAAUGAAAUUUCGGAGAACUUGAUUGAAAUAGAACGCCUGCAAGAAGAGUUAGCCAGGAAAAACAAAGAGGAGCAGGGAGUUUUGGAGGAGAGGAAGUUCCUUGCGCAGCAAGUCGAGGAUUUAAAACUAAAAGUAAGUUCUCUAUCUGACCAUGAACACGAAUUGGAAGAGAAAUUGCGGGAAAAAUCUGAUGAGACUGACCGUCUGAGAGAGGAAAAAGAGGAGUUUGGGGCUAAAGUUAUUGAACUCGAGAGAAGCUUGACAGAGAGAGAAAACGAGGUUACGUCUCUCCAGGACACGCUUCGAUCCGAGGGCAAUGCGAAUUCUACGCAAAUCUCGGGCAUGAAAAUCGAGAUUGAGAGCUUGCAGCAGGAGCUCAAUUCACUGGAGGCCCAAAAGAGCCGAUUGGAGCUGAAUAAUAGAAGAGAGGAAGAAGAAUCUUCUCGUAGGAUGUCCCUCUUGGAGAACGAGAACAUGCAGUUGACAAACAUGAUUCAGGACCUCCAGAGCAAGAUGAAUGAACCGGGAGGGCCCUCAGGAAGACUCAUCAGCAAGAACAGCAGCAAUCAGGUGAAGAAUUCUCCUCGGAGUUUGAAAUUGGAUCCUUGCAGCGUAGAGAAGAAGAUAGAGGAGCUUGCCGUAGAAUAUAGAAUGAACCUCGAGGAUAAUAUUCGCAUUCUAUGCCAAAGAAUUCUAGUGCUGGAGCAAUUACACAUUGAGAACAAGGAGAGUUAUAAGACCGCAAAGGAACGAUUCCAGGAAGAAUACAAGUGUCUCGAGGAGAAGAUAUCAUUUUAUAAGAACGAAAUGAAGAAGAUGAUGGAGGCGUCCAUGACGGCAAACAACACGAUCACUGAACUUGACUUGUUAGUUAGGAAAUCGGAUGAGAACAGCAGGAAUAUUAUGAAUCGGGUCUCAAAGGUCUCGAAGGAAAUUCAGCUCAUGAAAGACUGGUUUUCUCAAGUGAACCGCCACACUGACAGUAGGAAUGUGCAAGAGGAGACGAAGGUUCGGGAUUCACAAAACUUGGAGGAGGUGAAGAAGCUCGAGAAGAAAGUGGUGGACUUGGAAGGGAUUGUAAGGGAGAGAGAUACGGGGCUGGUGGCUCUCGGAGAAGAGAAGAGGGAGGCGAUAAGGCAACUGUGCGUUCUGAUCGAGUAUCAACGUGGUCGAUGCGAAUAUUUCAAGGAAGUUAUAUCAAAGAUAACGGUAAAAAGGAAGAAGUAUUAUUUCUUGGGAAAAGAUAUGGCAAAGCAUCGGUUCAGGGAUUCAAUAAAGUCAUUAUUUGGAAGUCAUAUCGAUCCAGAGAGAGAUGAACAACUUAAAGAAACUAUUACAGAAAUUGAGAACAAAGUGAAAAGGAUCUUGAAGCGUUUCAGAGGUGAAGAUCAAGCAGAGAAUGACCAGAGUCCCGUCACAGAUUUGAAAAAAGAAGAAUUAAUUGAGAUUAUAGACGAUCUCCAUAAAAAGUACCAGACACUUUACGCACAAUAUGAUCAUCUCACAGGGGAACUGAAGAACAAAGUACAUGGAAAACAAAGUAAGGAGACAUUGUCAUCUAGCUCAGACUCGGACUCGGAUUCAGGUGACUCAAAGAAGAGAAAUAGUAAAAAUGGAAAGCUGGAUACUGCCUCGGAGAAAAUCAUUGAAGAACUAAAGCUGGAAGUUGAAACAACAAAGUCAGAAGUUGCUGAAUUGACAGCUAGGCUAACUGUCUUGACCGAAGAGAAGGAAGCUUUACAGGCAGAGCAACAGGCAGCUUUAAGCAAGGCAGAGGAAGCAGAAAAUACCAUCAUAGAUCUUAGAACUGAAGCUGAGAGGUUACGUGAGGAGAAUUCUGAGCAGUCAGUUGAAAAUCAAAAUCUGACUGAAAGGUUGGAAGUUGCGGGUGAGGUUGAAAAAGAACUAAGGAGGAGACUGGAAGAUAUGACCAAGAAUCUGACUGCUGAAACAGAAGCUGCUGCGAAGAGGGUUGAAGAAGGUGAGAGAACUUCAGAGAACUUGAGAAACAUGAUUGACGUGCUGAAGGAUGAAAAGGCAGCCCUUGAGCAGGAACUUGAAUCAGUUAAACACGAAAUUACUAACAUGAACAGACUGCAAGAAUCAGCAGAGCAGAAGAUAGCGGAUUUGGGCUCUACUCUCGAGACCACCAUGGAUGAGAACAAAUCUCUAACGUCAAGACUUUCAGAGCUUUCUAUUGAGAUUGAUGAGGCACAGAAAGCAAUUGAAGUAGCUGUGGGUGAGUCCAGUCAGUUGAAGAAAAUAAUGGAAGAAAAAGAAAGAGAGCACUCAAACCUCAGAGAAGUGCAUGAGGUCCAUAAAAAUGAAGCCUCAGCACGGGUGGAAGGACUAAAUGCUCAGGUUGCAGAACUUGAACUGGAGCUGGAGUCACUGAAAACCCAGAAAAGAGAUAUGGAGGAGCAGAUAGAAAGUAAAUCAGCAGAAGAAGAUCGACUGGGGAAGGAAAAUACUAGACUGGCAGCUGAAAUUGCAGAACUUGAAAAACUAUCAAGAGAGAGAGAAGAUGAUAUCUCUGAACUGCGGAAGAAACUUGAGGAUCACAAGAAGGAGUCUCUUUCUAGGGUGGAGGAUUUGACUGGACAAGUUAAGAGUCUCCAGGGUGAUCUGGAAUCUUUAGAAGCUCAAAAAGCUGAACUGGAGGCACAGAUAGUUUCUAAAAGUGGCGAAGCAUCAAGUCAGCUCAGUGGGUUUAUGGAUCAGAUCAGUGCACUGCAGAAAGAACUGGGGUCCUUGCAAAAUGAGAAAGCGGAACUAGAGUUGCAACUUGAGAAAAAAACUCAAGAACUUUCAGAGCACCUGAUUCAGAUAGAAAGUCUGAAAGAAGAGUUGGUGAGAAAUAAAGAGGAUAAGGAAAAGGUACUGGAGGAAAACGGAGGUCUCGUUGCUCGGGUGAAGGAUCUAGAGAUUGAGGUAGAUGCCCUGCAGAGUCAGAAAAAGGAGUUGGCAGGACAGAUAGAGAGCUUGAACUAUGAGAGCGAGAAGUUGAGAGGGGAUAAUGAGGGGCUGCAAGGCAGAGUUCUGGAGUUUGAAGAAAAGCUCGAGUCUCUACAUGGACACAAGGGUAAUUUGGAACAGCAACUCGAGACAAAAGCCCGUGAUGUUUCGGAAUUUCUUAUUCAAAUGGAGAACUUGAAGCAGGAUUUAGCAAGCCACACGGCAGAUAAACGGAAAAUUAUGGAGGAGAGAGACGGAAUAACUUCUCAGAUGAAGAACCUUCAAAUUGAGGUGGAUUCUUUAAGCAGCAAGAAGAGCCAACUCGAGGAGCAGAUAGAGUGUAAAAAUCAGGAGACCAAUCAACUUCAAGAAGAAAACAAAAAGCUGCAGGAUAGGAUGCUGCAGUUGGAGAUUGAUUUAAAGCAGAAAGGUGAUGAGUUCUCUGCUCUGAUUGGGAAUCUUGAGCAGCGAGAUAGCGAAGCUUCUGCUCAGAUUGCGGCCUUGGAGGGACAGCUUGAUAGCCUAAGGCAGGAAUUGGGUUCCAUUCAGAUCCAGAGGAAUGAACUGGUAUCACAGCUCGACAAGGAGAGGCAAGAAUUUUCAGAAACUCUGAUGCAGCUCGAGAACCGGAAAUCUGAAUUGACGAAUCAGUUAGAAGAUCAGCAAAGAUUGUUGAAAGAGCAGGAGGGGGCGUACCAGAAGUUGACUGAGGAGUAUGAACAGAAUCAAGAUAGCCUAAGGCAGGAGCUGGGUUCCAUUCAGAUCCAGAGGAAUGAACUGGAAUCGAAGCUCGAGAAGGAGAGGCAAGAAUUUUCAGAAACUCUAAUGCAGAUGGAGAACCAGAAGUCUGAAUUAACGAGUCAAUUGGAAGAUCAGCAGAGGUUGUUAAAAGAGCAGGAGGAGGCGCACAAGAAAUUGACUGAGGAGUAUGAACAGAACCAAGAUCUGCUUCAGAAAUACAAGGAGAGUCUUGAACUCACAGAGAGCAGGAUCGAAGAAACAGCAGCAGAGCUCCGAACAAAGUCAGUAUCGAGCGACCAGGCAGUGGCUGAAUUGGAGGAAAUGGUCGAAGACCUGAAGAGAGAUCUGGAGCUGAAGGGAGAUGAAUUGAGCACUCUAACUGAGAAUGUGAGUACGAUUGAGGUCAAGCUUCGGCUGUCAAACCAGAAGCUCCGGGUCACUGAGCAGUUACUGACAGAGAAGGAAGGUUUCUUCAGAACUGCGGAGGCUAAGUACAAGGAGGAAAUUAGAGUUCUUGAAGAAAGGGUUGCAGAAUUAUCUGAAACACUGGUCUCCAACCACAAAAUGUUCAUCACUAUCUCAGAAGAAGUGACCAGGACCAUGAUUGGAUUGGAAUCCGUGGUGCAGAAGUUCGAACGAGAACUGAAUUCAAACUGCAUCCUCCAAGCGUCUGCUGAGCUCCAGAUUGUAAAAAACUGGGUUAGAGAGACUAGUAAUGCAAAACACCACCUAGAGGAAGAGGUCCAUAGUCUGGCGGAGCAACUGAAGAAGAUGACCCAACAGGAGUCGGAACUAAAAGAACAGGUGGAGAAGUUGGAGGUGAAAGCAAGGACGGAGGAAUCGGAGAAAGGGAAGCUGAGCAUAGCGUUUAACAAGCUCGAGACGAAAGUCGUGGAACUUGAGAUGAAACUGAAGGGUAAGGAGGAAAUAGCUUCUGUUCUUGGGGAGGAGAAGAGGGAGGCAAUCAGGCAGCUCUGUAUAUGGAUCGACUAUCACCGAGUCCGGUACGAUGAGUUGAAGGAAGCGCUGUCAAAGACGAGGGCCGGCAGGGGCAGGCUGCGAAGGGAAUAAUUCUUAGCCAUUCCCGAGUUCCCAUAGAGCAUGUGCAUUAUUAUUCUUAAUACUGCAGGUCGUGUUGUGUUCUGUGCUGAAGAUUGAUUCAUUUUUUAGGCGGGUGUGUUUGUUUGUA